GGGAGGGAGUGUGUGAGUCGGAGAGGAAGGGUCUUCCAUGGCGGCGGCGGCGGCGGCGCUGUCCUCGUCGUGCGUGGCGUGUUGCGCCCCUCCGGGCUGAGGGGAGGAUGCUCUGGGGGGCCGAUGGAGGAGCGCGGGCAGCGGGUGGCGGCGCUGGCGGCGCUGCUGCUGCUCUUCGCGGGGCUGGUGCUGCAGUACCUGUGCCCGGGGGGCGGGCAGUGCCGGCGCCGCCGCGGAGGAGGCGGAAGAGGGGCAGGCGGCGGAGGAGAAAGCCCUGCGGAGGAGGAGGCCGCUAGAGGAGACCCCUACGGGCCCGAGGACGCCUCCCCGGCCCGCUUCGUCCCGCGCCGCCGCUUCCGCGCCGCCGAGCUGCUCCGCCGCGCCGACUUCCGCCUGGAGGGCGACGACCUGAUGGUCUUCCUCCACAUCCAGAAGACGGGCGGCACCACCUUCGGGAGGCACCUGGUGCGCAACCUGCGCCUCCCCCGGCCCUGCCGGUGCCGCGCCGGGCAGAAGAAGUGCGCCUGCCUCCGGCCCGGACGCCCCGAGCCCUGGCUCUUCUCCCGAUUCUCCACCGGGUGGAGCUGCGGACUCCACGCAGACUGGACCGAGCUCAACACCUGCCUCCCGGGGCUCCUGCCCGCCGGCGCCGCCCCCGACAACCCCAACCCGGCAGCAGGAGGAGGAACCGCGACCGCUCCCAGGAAGUUCUACUACAUCACCAUCCUGAGGGACCCUGUCUCCCGCUACUUGAGCGAGUGGCGCCACGUCCAGCGAGGUGCAACCUGGAAGGCCUCCUUGCACGUCUGUGACGGGCGCUCACCAACGUCCGAAGAACUCCCCAGCUGCUACUCUGGGGACGACUGGUCGGGCUGCUCCCUCCAGGAGUUCAUGGAUUGCCCCUACAACUUGGCCAACAACCGCCAGGUCCGCAUGCUGGCUGACCUCAGUUUGGUGGGCUGCUACAACCUGUCCGUCAUGCCGGAAGAGGAGCGCAACCAAGUCCUGCUGGACAGCGCCAAGGAGAACCUGAAGCACAUGGCCUUCUUUGGCCUGACGGAGUUCCAGCGCAAGACCCAGUACCUCUUUGAGAAGACCUUCAACAUGAGCUUCAUCGCGCCCUUCACGCAGUUCAACAGCACCAGAGCCUCCAGCGUUGACAUCGACGAGACCACCCAGGCGCGCAUCGAGGCUCUUAAUUUUCUAGACGUGGCGCUGUACGAUUACGCCAAAGACCUCUUCUUGCAGCGGUACCAGUUCACGCGGCAGAAGGAGCACCAGGAGGCCCGGCGGAAGCGCCAAGAGCAGCGGAAGAUGGGCAGGGCCAGGCUGAGCCACGCCAAGGAAGCAGAGGGCACCAACUCCACAGAUUACGCCACCAACGUGGAGCUGUGGCGAUAAUAAGAGCUGAAAGACUCUCUUUUUUAAAAAAUAAGGUUAAAUUUAGCAGAGUCCCGAUUGGAAAGCCGAAAGAGAACGAACUGCAAGGUUGAACUCUGAACUCUGUUCCUUUGAGGGUUCGAGGGAUGCGAGGAGUUGUGUUGUGGCCUUUGCGGAUGCUUUUUGGAAUCCAGUGUCAUCCUCUUGUGUGGGUUAAAAGCAUAGAGGGAAAAGUUACCCUAUAAGAUGGAGGAGCUAAAUAAAAACCCCUGUUUUUGCGGUUAGGAAUUAUUGCUGGGAUGAAAUAAUGGGAAAUUAUGAAGGAUUUGAGACCUUUGAGAUGCCAUAGUAUCAGAGGCUGGCAUCGUGUUAGGAAUAUACAUAAGCAUGUGUCUUUUUCUGGUCAUUGCUGAAAUAGGUAUUCUGUACCUCCCGGUACAGGACUGAAGACCAACAGGUCGCAGGUUCGAAUCCGGGGAGAGGCAGAUGAGCUCCCUCUGUCAGCUCCAGCUUCUCAUGCGGGGACAUGAGAGAAGCCUCCCACAAGGAUGAUAAAACAUCAAAUCAUCCGGGCAUCCCCUGGGCAAUGUCCUUGCAGACGAUCAAUUCUCUCACACCAGAAGCGACUUGCGGUUUCUCAAGUCUCUCCUAACACGACAAAAAAACCAAAAAAUACCAAUCUUUUGUUGAGAGGUGAAAAUGAACAAAAUCUGGCUACCAGUAUUAAAAAACUCUAAAAUUAAAACAGCAAAAAAGCAGAGGGAAAACAAUCAGGGACAUCUAAUCACCUCUCAACAAAAGAUUGCCCCCGUCACUGCCAGGACAUCAAAUGCUCAUCAAGGUGAUCAGUUGAAACAUUCACACCUAGCUCCCGCAGACAAAAGUUCUUUGUCCCAUCCUGGUCUUUCCACAGAUAUAUAAACCCAUUUUCCUAGUUCCAACAGGCCUCACCACCUCUGAGGAUGCUUGCCAUAGAUGCAGGCGAAACAUCAGGAGAGAAUGCCUCUAGAACAUGGCCCUAUAGCCUGAAAAAACCUACAACAGCCCAGUGAUACCGGCCAUGAAAGCCUUCGACAAUACAACUACUUGAGAAACUGCAAGUUACUUCUGGUGUGAAAGAAUUGGCUGUCUGCAGGGACGUUGCCCAGGGGGCAGGCUUCUCUCAUGUCCCCGAAUGGGAAGCUGGAGCUGACAAAUGGGAGCUCGCUCCAUCGAGGAUUUGAACCACUGACCUUCAGGUGAGCAGUUCAACCGGCACAAGGGUUCCAUAGCCUGAACGUCUGGUAUGAAAGUGACCCUAGGUAGGUGCUGAUAGCCUGCCGACUUGGGCACCCCAGUCGAGUCUACACCAAACACCUCCUUGGUAAAUAUCCACAACAUGGUGUUAAGCCCUUGAACCCAUCCUGUUUGGCAUCUCAUUCUGGCUUGGAAAAGGCACCUGGCUAUGUUCCAGUAUCAAGUCAUGAAAUGAUUACAACAGCACUGAAUCUUCCAGAGGUCAGCGCAGUCAUAAUUGUGUUUCUGCUUCUGGGGAGAUAGCUGGACAUUUCUCCAAUCCUACUUGCUCACUACAAGCCAUGGAAAGACACUGGAGAUGGGCAGCUUCAUGGGUUUUGUAGUGAAAUAGGGGAUUGUUAGUAUUGCAGAGGAAGAAAGGGGAUGCCAGCCUCUUCAGUGCCCACAAAAUGACAUCCGCAGGCAGAAGAGACAUUUCAUCUAAGUCAGUGGUUCCCAUCUUGUGGUCCGUGGACCACCAGUGGACCACAAGAAGGAAAAUAUGGUCCGCAGCCUCACCAUUACUACACCGUUGCCUUGAAACCACAUAGCAAUGAGAGUGACUGGUCUCAUGAAACUCUCUUGUAGUACUGAGGCAACGGGGAUGUCGGGAGGGGAGAGGUUGUCUACCCACGAAAGAUUACUAUGACCACAUCAGCUCUAGAUUAUUAAAUAUGGUUUUCUGAUGGCAGAUGGCGACUACUAGGUGACCUAUGGUCUGUAUCAGAAGCUAGAUCUGAUGUGGUGUAUCCAAUGCAUUUUUCUGAAUCAGCACCCCAAAUAACCAAACCAAAUCUAAAGUUGACCAAAAACUGAUUCAUAACCCUUUUGGUACUAAUGUUGGAGAGAAAUCCCUGGUCAACUUGAUCCCUGGUCAAAAAGAGGUUGGGAACCACUGAUCUAAGGGCUCUUCCAGACAGCCCUAUAUCCCAGGAUCUGAUCCCAGGUUUUCUGAUUUAAACUGGAUUAUAUGAGUCCGCACUACCAAAUAAACAGAAAACCUGGGAUCAGAUCCUGGGAUAUAGGGACUGUCUGGAAGGGCCCUUAGUCCUUACAGUUUCAUCUUGUUCAGUUUAGAAGUGUUGGCUGCUCCCAUUUCCACCAGGCAAUGGGUCCUUUACCACGUUUUAGUCCAAACUGUACAUGAGCUAUUCAAGGUGCUGAACCUUAUAAGGUGAUACGUUUCAUUGACUUGGAAAGUUCCUUCAAAGUGCAAACCCAGAACACAUGCGUCAACCCAGAAGCACCAGCUGCCAUUGUUUUGUAAGCAUAGCUACAGGACUACGCCAUCUUGGCAGAGCCUAGAGAUCAGUAGUUGGCAGACCACAGAGCUUUGGGGUCACUCAACCCUCAAAGUGACAACAACAGAGAGAAAAUGAACCAAAAUGCAAUCCUUCAGCAUAUGACAUGCAAUUGACUUUCUUUCCAGGUGUUUUCUAGAAUUGGGGCAUGGAUUAUUUUCAUUAAAACUGUGGAUGUUUGGCCUCUUGCAAGCCAUGGUCAUCUCACUAGGUUCAAUCAAGAGAAGGUCCAAUUUGGCUUCCUUCCUUCCUUCCUCCCAUCCUCCCUCCUUCCCUUCCCUUCCCUUCCC